AUGGCUGGUGAUUCAACCUUGGGUUUCAGAUCCAAAGGUUCCUUCGGGCCUGGCACCAGUUCCAGUCCUGUUCGCCAGAGCACCUCACGUGUGUCUAGCCUUGAAAGUCUGCGUUCCUCUGCCAUCUCAGCCUCAGUAACGAACACAGUAACUAGCGGCGGUGUAUCACGACCCUACGAGCCACGAAGUGAACAAUCGACUGUAUCCAACUUGCAGGCACCGACGGUGUCAGCCGCCAACGUCACGAAGACUGGAAAGCAGACUUUCGAAGAACGCAGGCUCAGGAGCCAACGGGCUCCGAUAAAACGAAGGACAUUGGGUUCCCUUAGCCUUCGUCUUGGGUGUAAUGGAGUCCCUCUGACACGCCCAUCUUCCCGAGGUUCAGGUGGCUCGGUAACACCGGUUCAUAUAUCGACAGAUGUUACGGCAAUUUCGUCACUAUCAGGAUCUGGUCAAACACCAGGCCUUCAAUUGAGUCCAGAUGAGUUUUUGCUCGUCUUCUCUCGCCACGCUGCUAGUUUUGAGGGCGCAAGCUCGGAAGAAUUAAAGUGUGCGUUUCAGGUGAUUGAUCGCACUGGCCGAGGAUAUAUAUGCUACCGAGACUUGGUUGAGGCUGCCUUUUAUUUUUGCCUUUUACUCGCAUCAAUUUCCAUCCUUUUCCAAACUUUUUUACCAUCCGCCCCUGCGUUGUGCAACCCGACCCGAAACCGAUUUCGACAGCGAAACCAACUCUCGGAUGGAGAACUGAUCGCAGAGGCAGUGGCUAAAGAGGCUAGUCGGUGUGUCUGUCAGCCGCAGUACUUGCCUCAGCGUGUUGAAGCGGACAAAUAUCGAGUGCGUGGUUUUCUUGGAUCACGUAGGCAAAUGAAUUACCUUAAUUGA